AUGGAUAACUUCACUACCCUUGCCGACUGCGACGCCUCUUUCGGCCCGGUCGCAACGGCAUGCGGUAACCGAUUCGACUUCACCCUCCUCUUCGAACAAUCGCUUCUGAACAUCGGCCCUUCGGCGGUCCUGCUCUUGGCGCUCCCGCUACGACUCCGGCAACUGCUCCGCCAGCGCCGAAAAGUGCUCCGGCAUCCCCUCAACGCCGCCAAGAUCGCUGUUUGCGUCGCUUUUGGCGGUUUCCAGAUCGCCCUGCUCUCCUUGUGGGCUCAAGCGCCCUUCGCCAACGGCGUUUCGAUCGCCGCCGCUACUCUUGGAGUUCUAGAUGCGCUGGCACUCGGGGUUCUCAGCCACACCGAACACGUUCGGUCUAUCCGCCCUUCCACCAUCCUCAGCCUGUACCUUAUCUUCUCUCUGGCAUUUGACGCUGUGCAGUGCCGCACACUAUGGCUUCUACCGAAUCUGCACACGUUAGCCGCCGUCUUCACCGGGUCAGUCGCGAUGAAGCUUGCCAUGUUCUUGCUAGAAGUUCAAGGGAAGCGCAAGUUCCUCAUCGGCGCACUGAGAAAUCUUAGUCCCGAAGCCACCAGCGGAAUCAUUGGUCGGGGAUUCUUUUGGUGGUUAAAUGACUUGAUGACCAGAGGUUUUAAAGCGAAUCUCUCCCCGGCGACGCUCUACAACAUCGACGAGGGCCUGCAUUCCGAGAAACUACUGCAUCGACUGCUGCUGAGGUGGGAACAGCGUAAGGAGACAGGCAGAAAUGCACUUGUUCUGGCACUCUUCAGCUCGACCAAGACGGCCUGUCUAGCAGCAGCCCUGCCCAGGCUGUUGCUUAUCGGCUUCAAAUUCGCACAACCGUUUCUGAUCAACAGGAUCAUCAACUACGUCGACGGCAACAAAGGAACCGACCAGAAGUCUGUGGGCUACGGACUUAUCGCAGCAACUGCCAUUAUCUACCUCGGUACCGCUAUUCUGAAUGGGUUCUAUCAACACCAGCUUUACCGCUUCAUCACCAUGGUUCGGGGCUCACUGGCGUCGCUCAUUCUUGCCAAGAACCUCGAGGUCGAGAUGGCUGCCAUGGACGACUCGUCGGCGGCCUUGACUUUGGUCAGCACAGACGUCCGAAACAUUUGCAAGUCGUUCGAGGCCAUCCACGAAGUUUGGGCCAACCCUAUUGAGGUAGGCAUCGCCAUCUGGCUACUGCAAAGGCAACUCGGUCUCGGGAGCGUGGGGCCUGCCAUCACCAUCAUAGCCUGCACCAUUGGUAUGACAAAACUGGCCCAACUGAUGCCUCCCACCAUGAAAGUCUGGAACGAAAAUAUCCAGACCCGUAUCACUGUGACAUCGGAUGUUCUCGGAUCGAUCAAGGAGACGAAGAUGCUAGGAAUGGUCGAGUUCCUGCAGAAAAAGAUCCAGGAUCUAAGAAUAACUGAGCUCUCGAGGGCAAAGCAGUAUCGGGCAAUGAUCACUUACAUGAAUAUUCUUGGAAAUACUCCGUCCAUGGUCGGCCCUGUCAUUACCUUCGGCAUCGCGCUUCUCGCCCAGAAGAUCAACGCAGGAGUAUCACUUUCCAUUGCUACGGUCUUCACCUCAUUAUCGAUCAUCGACUUGAUCUCCGGUCCCUUGUCCCAGCUUAUCUCGUCUGUGCCAAGCUUAUUCGCGUCGCGAGGAAGUUUUGAAAGGAUUCAGGACUUUAUCAUUCAAUAUCAGCGCUUGAAUAACUCUGAGCCGCUCCCUCCCACACUUGGCGAGCAUGUCGGCACCAGUAGGGACUUGAUCAUCGAGAACGACCAGGAGGUAGAUAUGCAGGUUGUUCGGCCCGAGCAUGCAUCUACUCCAACUGCAAUUGCCGUUCUCGAAAAUGCUUCUGUCUCGAUCAAAGACAACGACCAUCCAAUCUUACACGGACUCAAUCUUCGUGUCCAGCCGUCUACUAUGACAAUCAUCAUUGGUCGUGUGGGUUCAGGAAAGACUGUUCUAUUAAAAGGGCUUCUGGGUGAGUUGCCUGCCAGCGGUGAUUCGAUCAAGACUCUCGAAGGUGGUGUGGCAUACUGUGCCCAAACGACAUGGCUUUCGACCACGACUGUGAAGGCGAACAUCUUGGGUCAAUCACCGUUGGACCAGGCAUGGUAUGAUACGGUGGUCAGUGCCUGUGCUCUUUUGCCAGACUUUGCGAAUCUUUCGGAUGGUGACGAGACCGUUGUGGGAAGUAAAGGCCAAUCUCUCAGCGGAGGACAGAAGCAACGAGUCGCUCUCGCUCGCGCAGUAUACGCAAGGAAACCUGUUCUCGUGGUCGACGAUGCUCUGAGUGGGCUGGACUCUUCCACUCAAAUCCACGUUUGGGACCAUGUCUUCAGUUCGACUGGUGUUGUUCGCCGCAUGGGGGCAACAGUCAUACUUGCUACCCACUCACUGAACUACCUCAAACACGCUGACAAAGUCGUGAUUCUCGGAGAUGAUGGCACGGUUGUCAACCAAGGCCCGUUCGAAGUUGUUCGGCGAAGCGCUUAUCUCGAGAGUUUGUCUCUUGAAGGUAACAAUCGCGAAGACACCGAAGAAGCGAAACGCUCCAAACCUCAAACAGUCCAAGAGCAAGUAAAAAGACAGAAGCCGGCAGAAGAGAACGAAAAAGAGGCAGAUCUUCUCAGGAAAGCCGGAGAUACUUCUCUCUAUUGGUACUACUUGAGGUCUAUCGGCUGGGUAUACGGCUCUGCGGGAGGAGUAUUUCUCAUUGGUGACUGCCUUGUGCGAGUGUUUCCACAAAUUUGGCUCAAGUCCUGGACGGAGGAUGACGCUAGAACCGGUGGAGCUGACACUGGCAUGAUCAUGUUCGUUAUAAUUGUGCCCAAGUCCUCUCAGAACCUCCACUGGAAACUGCUCCGGACCGUCAUGAGGGCACCUCUAUCCUUCUUUCUCACAAAAGACACCGGCGAUUUGAUCAACCGAUUCAGUCAGGAUCUGUCCCACAUUGACCGAGACCUUCCAGUGGCAUUGUUCAUGACAUGCAUAGCCUUUCUCGACUGUCUUGCUGGCGUGGUUCUCAUCAUGAUCGGUGCCAAGUACCUUGCCGCUGUCAUCCCCAUUAUCCUGAUUGCCCUAUACGCCCUGCAAGCCUUCUAUCUGAGAACAUCGCGGCAGAUGAGAUUCCUCGAUCUCCAAGCCCAAGCACCGCUUCUCAACAAACUGAUCGAGACAAUCGACGGACUUUCAACAAUCCGGGCCUUCGGAUGGCAGGGUGCAUUCCGCGACUCGUCUCUUCAUCUGCUGGACCAGUCUCAACGGCCUUAUUACCUCCUUUUCUGCAUCCAGCGUUGGCUCACCCUGGUUCUCGAUAUUCUCGUGGGUGCUAUUGCGGUACUCCUGGUAUCCAUGGCCAUGAUGAUACCCGACUCGACUAGCACGGGUGCCAUUGCCAUUGCGCUUUACAACGUUCUCAGCUUCAACGCGUCGCUCGCCACACUCAUUACCAACUGGACGGAGCUCGAAACCUCUUUGGGUGCGAUCUCAAGGCUGAGGACAUUCGAAUCAAAGACCCCAAUCGAGCCAUCCCCGGCAGAGGGAGAAGAAGCCAGUCUACCCCCCAGAUGGCCUCACCAGGGCCGCAUGGAGAUUAAGAACAUCACGGCAUCGUACACACCUGACACGAGACGUGUUCUGAGGGACGUGUCUCUGGUUCUCAAUCCAGGUGACAAGGUCGCGAUUUGUGGCCGGACUGGCAGCGGUAAAUCGUCCUUGACCCUGACCAUCUUCAAACUCCUAGGUCUAGACUCUGGGUCUAUCGUCAUAGACGGCGUCGACAUCUCCCACGUCCCGAACAACACUCUUCGCCAACGUCUCAUCGCUAUACCCCAGGAGCCUUUGCUCUUCCCCGGAACAUUGCGAACAAACCCGUACCCUUACGAUGACAGUUCCGACUCCGAUGAGGUCCCUUCCGAUGAGGCUCUCAUCUCCGCUGUGACCAAAGUCUCCCUCUGGCCGGCAGUCUCCAUGAAUGGCGGGCUUGACGGCGACGUUUCGAACCUAGCCUUGUCGAGGGGCCAGAAACAGCUCCUAUGCCUAGCUCGGGCAAUUGUCCGAAAGCACACCAGCAGAAUCCUCAUUCUUGACGAGGCCACCAGCGCCGUCGACCAAGAAACCGAAGAGAUGAUGGCUGACAUUAUCGAGAGGGAGUUCUCGGACCACACUAUUUUGUCCGUCGUCCACCGGCCACAGUCGCUUCGUGGCUUGCACAUGGUUGUCACGCUUCAAGACGGAAAGAUUCUGAAGACUGGGCCCCCGGAGCUGUGA